GCUGUUCAGAUCAACACAUCCUCGUGGCCCCAAAGCUAUGCAGAACUACUUGGAAAACGCAAACUGGAAGUCAUCAUAUCACACAAAGGAAAGGAGGACCUGAACCUGAAUAUCUAGAAGAUAGGCGAAUGGCAAAUUGGAAAUACAGUGGGCAAAAAAAUAAUGGUUGGUUCUUAAUUACUUUCUUUCAUUAUGGAUAUUUUUAACUGACAAGAAAAACUUAGUUUCCAUCACUAGGUCGCCCAUCGUUUGAUUGUUGCUCUUGACUCCUAACGCUGCAUGCUGCCUUUAGCCAUGCCAUGACGCGCAAAGCUUCGCGCUGAAGUGUCAUUCGCGGCCGUGAGGAUAACCGAUUUUGAGACUUCCAGUCAGAUUCCCAGGCUUUGUUAAGUAGCACCGGGGGACAAUAAGUCAGCUGGUAAUGUGCAUGGCAUAACGGUCCGCAAACAAUGUCAUUUUUCCGGUGCUUUAUCGCGCGCAUCACCGAGUGACCAAAGACUGAAAAUAAAAAGGAAUAUAUUCAAGAAAAUUAAAUGAUUUAAUAUUCUGAUCGCAUCUGAUUGCGAAUUUGUAAAUUGUCGUAUGGAAGACUCAAGUGCUACAUCACUUCACAGAGAGUGGAUAUUACAACUUGUUCUCUGUAUUUUGACUUUUCUUUAACCCUGUUGUUUUCAUUUGGGAGAAGCCUGAACGAUUUGUAAUACGAACUUGUGAUCAUUCUGCUCAGUUUAUUGGUUAACCGAAAGCACGCAACUCGUCUAUGAGCUUUGGAAAUUUACGUUUAAAGAAAAUGAGAAAGUUUAUUGUGAAGGUGCUUUGCUUUGUGACUUGCGUUCUCUCUAUCCUUUGCACUCCGGCACCGGACACUGAACCCCAAACAGUGUCUCGGGAGACCUGCGCAUCUUGUGGCCUCGGGCAGCCGGAUGAAUCGAGACAGAUGAACGUAGAUUUCUUGGAGGCUGUGAAACGGCAUAUUUUGAGCAGAUUACAGAUGAAGGAGAGACCCAACAUCACCCAUCCUAUACCAAAGGCAGCGAUGGUGACUGCGCUGCGGAAGCUCCACUCUGGAAAGGUGAGAGAGGACGGUAGGGUUGAGAUCCCCAACCUUGACGGUCAUGCGAGUUACACCAAUGAAGUCGAAGAGGAAACUUCAGAAAUCAUCAGUUUCGCUGAGACAGAUGAGUUGCUAUCAUCCAAGACCAGCCUCUUCUUUGCAAUCUCCAACGAGGGCAACCAGAACCUCCACGUGUCCCAGGCGAAUCUGUGGCUGUACUUCAAACUCCUGCCCGUUCCGCUGGAGAAGGGCUCUCGCAGGAAGGUGACGGUGAAGGUGUACUACCAGGAGCCGGGCGUGGGCAGCAAGUGGCACCUGGUGGAGAAGCGCGUGGAGCUGAAACGCAAUGGCUGGCACACCUUCCCGCUGACCGACGCCGUGCAGCUGGUUUUCGGCGAGGGCGAGCGGCGGCAGAACCUGGACGUGCGCUGCGAGGGCUGCGAGGGCGCCGGCGUCCUGCCCGCACUCGUCAGCCCGGCCGACGAUGCCCACCGCCCCUUCCUGGUGGUGCGGGCGCGGGCCGGCGACGCCAAGCACCGCAUCCGCAAGCGGGGCCUGGAAUGCGACGGGAGCAGCGGUGGUCUGUGUUGCCGGCAGCAGUUCUACAUCGACUUCCGCCUUAUCGGCUGGAACGACUGGAUCAUCGCGCCUUCGGGCUACUACGGGAACUACUGCGAGGGAAACUGCCCGGCGUACAUGGCCGGCGUGCCGGGCUCGGCCUCCUCCUUCCACACGGCCGUGGUGAACCAGUACCGCAUGCGGGGCAUGAGUCCCGGCUCUGUGAACUCCUGCUGCAUCCCCACCAAGCUUAGCACUAUGUCCAUGCUGUACUUUGACGACGAGUACAACAUCGUCAAGCGGGACGUGCCCAACAUGAUCGUAGAGGAGUGCGGAUGUGCUUGAGCUGGGCCAUUUUAGGUGGUCGGUGACUGAAAACAUUAAGUGGUAUAAAGCAAACAAACAAACAACCCCCCCGGCUGCCCCCCAGAAGAAUUCUAGCAAAAAAAGUGAUAUUUAUGAACAUCUACACACACAUUUCCAUGCAUGCACAAACCUUUGUACAUAUAUUUAUGUUUGUUGAUAUCUCCUGGUAGAAGCAUUUAUCAUUUCCGUUAUCACGUGAUUCAGUCUUAUUUUAUGGGCGCAGGUUUGUAUAAUAGAUCUGGAUGUCAAAAGAACGGUGGUUCCUGGUUAUUAGCAUUUCAUUCCUUCCUGUCUCUGCAUGGACCACUCUUUGAAGUGGAGGAGAGAGGAGCCUUAGGUAACGACUAAGGGAGAUUUUCUCGGAAUUUUCCAACGACGCCUCGUUUUGUGUAUCCGCCCGCAACUGUGUAUGAAAGCACUGACCAGCUUCCCGCAUGCUCCGUUCAACAGCAGCACUUCCUCCUCCCGCUCCGAACGAUGUGGCGAUCGGUUCGUUUUGACAGUCUCCAUCGCAGUAUUCGUCCGCUCUUCUUCCUCGGGAGCAUCUAUGAUGCCUCCAAAUGCUUCUCGAACACGCUGGUCCUCCUUUCCUCAUCCAUGCUCCAUUGUAUGCCGUUCGCGGUAGCGUGCUUCACUACAGCAGGACUCCAGCAGGCAUGCCACUACAGCCGGGCACCAGGGCCGUGCCGAAAACAUUACACAUGGCUUUAGCAUCCUGACAUGCAUUGGUCGGGAGUUUGCUUAUUCAUGUGACAAGCUGUAAAAAGCCUGCAGGGAAUAAUAAUCGCUGUCCAGGCCUCUGCCUGUUUUUUUGGUUUUUUUUACCGCGCCCUUUGAAAACACUUCCAAAAGUACUUAAACAACAGAAGCGUGUUAUAACUCUUCUCUCUCUUCUCAAGUUGCCAGAGGUUUAGUUGGCCAGAGGUGCAGCAUCGCACUUGUAAAAUGAAAGAAAACCUAAAUGCACAUUUUAUAGCACUUGCUGAUUGAAAUGCCUUUGAAGGGUUCCAAGUGACACACCUGUGCUUGCUCACAAUCCUUUUCAAAUAAGUGCCACAUGAACUAUGCAAUGUAUAGAACUGACCCACACCAGACACACUGAAUUCUUGCUACCAGAUGUAAAGUCUUUUCAAUACUUGAAAUGUCUUUCGCUUCUUCUCCAAGCGAAUGGUUGUUACAUUGUUUGCACUGACAAAAAGUCAUGUUAAUAGUUAAAAAAAGAAAAAAAAAAAAGAAAAACUGCCAUUUAAAUAAAGUUAUUUUUAUAAAAGCAAACUGAAUUCUGUUCAAAUGUAUUAUACAGAAUCACUGAACCAAAGAGGCCAAGAUUUUUUAGCUAUUAUAAGAUGGCAAGCCCAUCACAUUAUAAUGUAAAAUACUCUUUGACCACAUAAGAGGCCUAAACACUGUAUCAGGGUACAAUAUUACAGAUUCCAUUUUCAACUCCACUUUCUCUCUUCUUCCUUAUUUUGUACAGGAAACAAAUGAAAUAGUUCAUAUUUUUUCAUCAACUUUAAUAUUUUCAGUUUUCUAUUUAAUACUUCUAGUUCUGAAUCCAGAAUCAUUUAGAAGCAAAUCCAUGCCAUUUCUGUACAGCCUAUGUAAGAUAAAAAUGCUUUUAAAGAUUUUGUUCUUUGUAACUGUUAUGAAAUAAAUUUCAUAUUCUGAAUUUCAA